AUGUCGUCAACACCGAUGACGUACCGCGACCAACCGCAACAGCCGGCGUAUGCGCAAAACCGGCCACGCCCACUCAUUGAGCAGAUCCCAGACUAUCGCGACGACCUCGAUGUAUCCGACGAAGAAGACGCUUUCUACAGACGCGACGACGAUUUCCUAAUCCCGCCAAAACUCCAAGCCGCAAUCACACGGACCAGCGACCGGAUACCGCGGCGCAUAAAACGACACAGCCUAACAUACCUCGUCAUCUUCAUCCUCUUCUUAAUAAGUUGGUGGACGCACUUUGGCCCCCGGCGCGCCGCCCAAAAAGCAGAACUCUUCCUUAUGGACAACAAACCCACCAUGAGCUACGGAAACAACGUGCGCCCGGAAUUCAAAGGCAUGAUACAAGUUAGCGACAUGGACGAGCAGCACCUUCCCAAACACAACAAUCGCCUCAUCUUCAUCGGCGACGUACACGGCUGCAAACAAGAACUCGAGCACCUCCUCAAAAAGGUAGACUUCAACUCUAAACACGAUCAUGUUGUGCUCGUCGGCGACAUGAUAGCCAAGGGCCCUGAUUCCGCCGGCGUUAUCAAAGUCGCGCAGAAAGUCGGCGCAUCGUGCGUGCGCGGAAACUGGGAGGACAAACUCCUGCUUUCCAUCGCCGAAGCACAAGACCGCCACAUGCUCGUCAUGCCAGAGGACGAAGACGCCACAAUAUCUUUCCUCGACGACGCCGACCACGAGUCCGCCACAGCAUCUGCGCACGCCAACCCCGCCCUCCGCCGCCUAGCCAAACAAUUCUCCAAGAAACAAAUUUCCUACCUCUCCCACUGCCCGGUCAUCCUCCGCGUCGGUCAAAUCCCCAUCCCCUCCAAACACCACAGCACCAGCACUUCCUCCUCCUCCACAACAACCCUCGUAGCCGUCCACGCCGGUCUCGUCCCCGACACCCCCCUCGAAGACCAAGACCCCUUCCACGUCAUGAACAUGCGCAGCAUCGACCUCAAAACCCGCAUCCCUAGUUCAAAGCACGGAGGCACGCCGUGGGAGAAGUUUUGGAAUCAUCGCCAGGAGAAGAUGAAGCAUGGCGAGACGACGACGGUCGUGUAUGGGCAUAAUAGAAAAAAGGGGCUUAAUUUACAUGAGUACUCGUGGGGACUGGAUACGGGGUGUGCGAGUGGAGGCAAGUUGACGGCGGCGGUUGUAGAUGGGAAGGGUGAGAGGAGAAUUGUGCAUGUCAAGUGUGGGAAGGAGGGGGGGUAUGAGGAAUAG